UUUUACGAAACGCAUCUGGUUUGUUCUCUUCGGCUCGCCGUAGCGGCAUGAUUUUGAAAAUGGCGGAGAAGAAAAUCGCAGUGCGCUCUCAGGACCCGAGUCAGCGGCGUGUGCUGGAUGUAGCGACCCGGCAGAGGAGGCUCACUCGCCAGCUCGAGGCACUGGAGAAGGACAACUUUCAGGACGACCCGCACGCGAGUCUCCCGCCGCCGGUCAAGCGCCUGCCGCAUUUCGACGAGAGCGAUGAACCCGGAAAACGGAGGAAAAAAACCAGAGGCGACCAUUUCAAGCAGCGCUUCCGGAAGAACUUCCAGGCCCUGCUCGAGGAGGAGGACUUGAGUGUGAGCGAUGGUCCGAACUACCUGACAGCCUGCGCCGAGCCGUCAAAACUCCCCCAUCGUCACUUCUGCGCCAUCUGCGGCUUCCCUUCCAACUACACCUGCGUGUCCUGCGGCGCUCGCUACUGCUGCGUACGCUGCCUGACGACACAUCACGAGACACGGUGUCUAAAGUGGACCGUAUGAUCGAUCGCAGUCCACAGAUGAAAGAAUCGCAUUAGAUCGCCUUAGAAUUAAAACCCUGUAUUAACCUACAGCGCUGUUGGUUCCAAAACCCUGGUUUUUGAUGUACGAGUGUGUCGUGAAGAGAACCGAGUUCGGGAUGAAGCACCUACAGUGGUGAGAACAAUAACUGUGAAACUAUGAUCUGAUUUUCUAAAACCGACGACGUCGAUGUAUAAAAAUAAACCAUGGCGGUACGACUGCAGCUGAACGGGAUCGUGUUUCCUCCAACAGCGCCGGAUUUACUCCCAGAAACCCACCUAACGGUUAGAAAUCCAGAGAAACACGUUCUGAAGAUGUCUUUCGUUCCCAGUGUGUAACGGAAAUCGUACGGAGGGUGUGUUUACAUGGUGUAAAUAGCCAUCAGUGGUUUUUUCUGCAGUCUAGCUGAAGGCCUGUACAGACUAAACCUUUCGCUUGUUAAGACUUUUGUUUUGUUGCUUUACCGAUGCUGAAAUAACACACGUGAAUAUAUACUAUAAUAAAUACACUUGUCUUCUC